AUGUCCGUUCUCUUCGCGCGACUCCACCUAUGGCCAGGCGACUUCAGCCCCCGAAGCUUCAUUCCCGACAACGUCAGGCCGCAUGUUCGAACUAUCGAGUUUGCUGACUUGAAUGGCUAUGUGCCUGCCGAGCAUAGCGCGUACUACCGAACCAUGGACCAUCUUCGCGUGCGCGAUACUUCCGAGACCAAAUUCCUCCUCGAUGCCUUCCGCGGAAUGACACGACUUCGGAAUCUAGUCAUAUACAACACCCUCGGCAACGGGCUCCCUUUCUACAUUCUCGACGCCAUUUUCUCUGCUCCUCAGCUCUGCUCCGUUGAGUGUGGCCCGUCAAUGUGUCUUCCGACAGAAAAAGAUCCCAGCUUUCCCAGACGUCCAAGAUUGACUGGUCCCGUCCCCCCUAUAACCACCUUCCGCCGCGUCCUCUCGACCCACCAAAGGUCCUUGCGGGAACCGGCCGAAGCGACCUUUCUCGCCUGCCUUUUCAACCAUAUACACACUACACUCCAAGUGGCGGAGAUGCCCAGCGACACCGCGCCACUUGGAGCGCUCAGAAGUCAUGACUGGCCACGUCUCCACGAGCUGAUCCUGCGUGGAGGCCCGCGACGCUCAUCGUGUGCGCAUGUCAUCGAGAACCUGACGAGGAUGCCAAACCUCCGCGUCCUCAAACUCGAGCUGGCGCAGCGCUCCGGAGCGGGCCUUCAACGCAUAUGUCCCCCAGGCUGGACGGGUGGAUGUCCUUGGCCGAAACUGGAGGUUUUGACAAUAUCCAACCCGCACCCGGACGACGACCUGUACGACCACUUGCCGGAUAGUCUCCAAGAGCUUACUAUUCGGUGCUUCCCUCGCUACUACUUGGCUACCGCUCCGGACGAAGAGGGCGCGUUCAUUGCCCAUUUCGGAUGGGAGUCUUCGCUCCCCACCUCCGCCAACAUGUUGCACAUUCUGCGUCGCUGCGGCCCGUCGCUGCGCCAUCUUCGGCACCUCGACAUCGAGUUUGAAGAGUCUGGGGAAGAUGUGCAGCUCUUACGCCACAUUUCAUCCACCUUCCCCAUGCUUGCUUUCCUCCAAUUUCUUCGGUAUCACCAGAACCCGCAACACGGUACUCCGACGUCUUGGGUCGACUUUGGGGAGGCUCUUUCACUGCUGUCCCACCUACGACUUCUCCGAGUCCAUCUCGAUCUGGAACGCAUGGGUAGCAAAGAAAGCACUAGUGAAGUGAUUUCGGCGCUUGCGUCACCCCUCAGCCAGACAGUUCGGUUCGUAUGCCUGCUCGUCCGCUCAUGGGAUUCUCACGAUUGGCACGCAUGGCGCGUCGCCCGUGAUCCUGGUACGGGAAAGCUGAUCGCUGUUGAGGAUCUGGCACGCUAUUAUGCGCAAAUCGACGGCUACCCGUACGCCAUCCUCUCGUUCUAG